UCAGUACAUCACGGCGGUGCAUUGGAUUUCGCAGCACUACGUCAGACCCGGUGCAGCCGUGGGAUCACCGCUAGGCUCAAAGGGGCGCACGACGUCUUGGACUGACAGCGGUGUCCUCGGCGAGCUUGUCGAAGCUCCCAUCUGCAUGUAAAUCUGGCAGGCUGCUCUGCUGCGCGUGUGAGCCAUUGUCCGCCGUGCGCCAUGGAGCUCCAACGCAAAGAAUACCCAGCGCUGCUGACGUCCCUCGCCCCGGCGCAGGCCGUGGGCGUGCUGAAUGAGCGCAUGCGCCAUGUGAACCAGCUGAAUGCCCACAUUGCCGACUGGCUGCAGGAGCGGCGGCGCGUCGAGGAAUUGUACGUCCAGGGACUGCGCAAGCUCGCCAACAAGCACCCACCAGACGAGUCGUCCGAUCUCGGCAUUUUCUCGACACCAUGGCACAAAAUCGUCGGCGCAACCGAGGCCGUGGCCCAGUCGCACCAGCAGCUCGCGCACAAGAUCGAGGCCGACGUCGAGCGCCCGCUGCGCGACUUCGCCGGCAACAACCGCGAGGUGCAGGCCAUGGGCAACAUCUCGGGCAACCUGACGGCCAUGGCCAAGGACAUUGACGCGGCGCAGCGCAAAUGCGACAAGCUCAAGGACAAGGGCGCAAAGGCCAAGCCGUCGGCCGUGGGCGAGGCGGCCACGGAGCUGCAGAACGCCGAGCUCCAAUGGGACUCGCAGGCGCCCUACGUCUUCGAGAAGCUGCAGGCCGUCGACGAGAGCCGCCUGAACCACCUGCGCGACGUCCUGACCCAGUUCCAGACGCACGAGGUCGACCAGGUCGAGCGCAGCAGGGUCACGGCCGAGGAGACGCUGAACGUGCUGCUGAACAUCGAGACGGCCGACGAGAUCCAGACGUGGGCCCUGCGGACGCGGAGUGGAGACCACCCCCAGCUCGGACGCAAGCAGAGCAACACGCCCAGCGCCCCGUCGCGCAGCCUGGCGCCGCCCGCAACACCGCCAAUGCCGGGCCCAGCAGACGACAGCAGGAGCCAGAAGAGCCACAAGAGCGGCGGCGUGCAGGAGAAGCUCAGCUCGAACCCCCUGAAGCGCUUUGGAACCGUCCUGGGCCGCCGCCGCCAGAGCACCCACCCCUACGUGCGACCCGCCUCGCCCGACAGGAAGUCGUCCGCCAACCUGGGCUCGGCCUUUGGCGGCUUUGGCAAGGGAAAGGCAAAGGACCGCGACAUUCCAGCCCCGAUAGCAGAGCGCCCAAUCACGCCACUGCGCCAGCUCUCGCCAACGGCUCGCACGCCAGACAGGUCGGCCUCUCCCAGCCAGGCACGCCCCCCGAGCAGCGACCCCCCGAAUGGCACAGCCCCCGAGCCUGUGAGCGAAGUGAGCGCCCCCUUCGUGCCAAACGGAACCACCCAGGACGCGAUACCAGAGGUCAACGAGCCGGUGCCGUCUCCUACCAUCCCAGAGACCAAGCCAGAGCCAGAGAAGGACGAGGAGGGCUUCUCCGUACCGCCGUCGGCUCUCGAUGCCAUCACAGAAGCAGAGCGCGAAGCAGGAUUUAUUCAAAACGAGAACAACUCGGCCCCCCAGUUCAAACUAGACAUCAAGAAUGCCCCGAUCCAAGAAGAGGAAGGCGCCGAUGCGGCCAUGGCAAACAUGGUCAACACCCUGCGCGCACACGCGGUACCGCCGAAACGGUCAGGCACACGAGGCCGCAGGGAUGUCCGCAACACAAUCUUCGUGCCCAGCCCGGUCACCCCAGAGCUGCAAAGCAUAGGCGAGGUGCCCUCGUUCUCGUCUCCGGGCUAUGUCGCUACGUCCCCCCCUGGUUCCGCCACUGGCUCUUCCACAUUCCCAAUACCGCUGUUUUCCAUACCCCCGUCGCCCCCACUGCUGCCCACGUCUCCAGCCUCCCCAAUCUUCAAACCAGUUCACAGGACCCUGCUUGCCGACGACCACCCCACGGCCGCCUCAGACACCCAGUCUAUCAGAUCGGGCCGAUCGCUCAGCAGCUCCGCUAGCGCUACCGUCAGGCACCCCGACCUCCACGAGCCCGGGCUCAACGCCUCGCUAGCAGAAACGGUCAGCGCGUGGUUCGAGCAGGGCACCGUCACAAAGGCCAUGGUAAUCGGCCAGGUAGCCCUCGCAUUCAACCCCAUCGACCUCUCCGCCGGCCCCUUCGGCACCGAAACCAUCCGACUCGAAAACUUCCCCGUCCUAGAAAAAGUCGCACCAAACCCAGCCUUCAUCGAGCAAAUCCCCGACACACCAGGUAGUUACACAGUCGACCUGGCGAAAAUCACAAAAACCUCCGUCGCUUUCCACUACCAGCUACACAUCGAGGACGAAAACAUCGCCUCCCUCGCCCCCAUCAUCCUGUCUCCGGCAUGGAAAACAGAACCAACACAAACCUCCGCCAUCCUGACGUACUCGUUAAACCCCAAGUACGCACUUGCCGGCGCAACAACGCUUACGGUGCGCAACCUCGUCCUCGUCAUCCGCCUCGAGCCCGGCGUUAAGACACUCUCCUGCCAGUCCAAGCCCGCGGGUACGUUUUCCCGCGACAAAGCGCUUAUCUACUGGCGCCUCGGCGACGUGACGUUUUCGCCCGACCAGCCUGCGCAGAGUAUUCGCGUGCGCUUUGUUACUGACGGGGAGGCGCGGCCGGGGAACACGGAGGCGCGAUGGGAGAUUACGGGCGAGCAGUCGUUGGCGCUGGGGAGCGGGUUGGGCGUUAGUGUGAGUGCGCCGGUGGAGGUGAAGGCAGAGGGCGAGGCGGAUCCGUUUGCGGAUGAGGAUGAGGUUGCUGGUGCGGGGCUGGGGGCGCCGGUGUUGGCGUGGAGGGAUGUGCCGAGUGUUAAGCGGAUUACUAGUGGGACGUAUUUGGGGGUUUGA